AUGGCUGACCCCUCUGAAGCUCGCAAUCAUCCAGUUGAUCAGAAUGAUGAUGCAAGACUGAAUUUAACGGGCACCGAGUUACAGGCUAUGAUAGAUAUAGCCGUAAACAACACCGUGGACCGUGCGUUGAAGAACCAUAAGCGAAAGUGCGAUGACACCCCAAAUAAGGGUUAUAAAAAGGGUAAGACCGGUUCAAACUAUAACCAGUCCAAGCCAAAGGAGGCUAAACCCGAAUGUAAGGUAAUUCGAGAUAUUCAGGCUACUUUCAACACAAGAAGGUUAUCUGAUAAAGAAUAUUUGCCGGAUUUGGAAAGCAAGAUAAACGAAGUCUGUGAAGCGAGUUUAGCAAAGGUGGUAGAAAUGAAGAAAAAGAAAGAAGAAGAGUUGAAAAAGAUGGUUGAAGAAAUGAAGGAUAUGGCAAAGAAUGAUGUAGAAGAGGAACAGAAGAUGGAAGAAAAAGAGAAGAAAGAAGAAGAUCAGAAAGGUGAGACAGAAGAAUCAUUGGUGCUGAAAGAGACUGAGGAAAAUGAAUCUUCUGACUUAUUGAAUGUGCUCAAGUACAACAAAGACUGUCAGAAUGCAAACAAGAGUAGCCUGGCACUUGAGAAGGAAGAAGAUGGACCCUAG